UAGGCAACACGUAGAGGAUGAGGGGUAGAGAAGGGAUGUGAUUAUCAAAACUCAAAAGGGUGGAUGCAACAGUAAAAACAAACUAAUCCGUCGGAGGUGAGAAACGACUGCUUUUUUUUACCCCCAGAAGUGCUACCAAAUUAACCAGAGGAGAACAAUGGUUACGUUGGACUUCAGCAUACUGACGGUGCCGGUGGGCAUUGUGCGGCUACUGGAGGUGGUCUUCACCUGCGUCUCCUUCAGCCUGGUGGCAUCAGCAGGCCACUUGGUGCAGUCCUUCUGGACGUGGUGCAUGUUCACUUGGUGCUUCUGCUUCUGCGUCACCCUCCUCAUAAUCUUCCUGGAAUUCACAAGUCUCCACACAAAGCUGCCGAUCUCCUGGGAUGACUUCACCAGCGCUUUUUCGAUGUUGGCGACGCUGAUGGUGCUUGCAGCUUCCGUCAUCUAUCCCACCUACUACACCUGUUCCAGCUGUGCCAAACAGAUCGGUGCCACUGUUACUUCAUGUCUGGCUUUCAUCCUGUAUGCCAUUGAGGUGGGGCUGUCCCGGGCCAAACCUGGUGAAGUCAGCGGUUUCCUAUCCACUGUUCCAGGUCUCCUCAAGGUUCUGGAGGCCUUUAUAGCCUGCAUCAUCUUCAUAUGCCUGGAACAUUCCAUGUACUCCAAGUACCCAGGGUUAGUGUGGUGUGUUGCCGUCUACUCCAUUUGCUUCAUUUUUGCGCUGUUUGUCAUAAUAUUUACAGUUUGCCGCCUCCUGUCUCUCUUCCCCGCACCAUUCGACAAAGUUCUAACAGGCUGCAAUGUGCUGGCUGUCUUGAUGUACAUGACAGCUGUGGUCAUCUGGCCACUGUAUAGCUUCAAGAACAAUUCCAGGCCCAGCACCUGUAAGGUUGGUUCCUGUCCGUGGGAUAACUUAGUGGUUAUCACUUUUAUGACCUGUUUCAACCUUAUAGCGUACGUGGUUGACACAGUUUAUUCUGUAAGGCUCGUGUUCUUCAUCAGCAGAACGUAGAGUUACGUUAUUCAGUUCUCAAAGCCUGAAUAUAAGCAGGAGGAAUCAUUGUGAUUCUGGAGGACAUAUUUUGUAUUGGUAAUAAUUUUACAGUUACAUUUUCAUCUCGUGUACUUGUGUGUGGGUUUUUUUUUGUUUGGUUUUUUUUUGUAGAGUUUUAAAUGGAUCAGAUAAUGUAAACUUUUGCAUUUGAUGGAACAAGCACCAAAUCUGGCAUGGUGAUUCUCAUAAUAUGACUUAGCAUGUCUGGUCGAUUUUCCAUCUGAAAAUUCAAGAUGGCGGCCAUUUUCCAAGAUGGCCACCAAAGUGACCCAUCAAAACUCAUUCUUUGCUCCUGUUUGAUUGAUAAAAAUGAUACUGAUGUCAAAUUCCAUUUUGUUAUCGCUCAUCUUCAACCGCUUAGUCCAAUUAAGGGUCGCGGGGGGCUGGAGCCUAUCCCAGCAUUCAUUGAGUGUGAGGCACGGUACACCUUGGACAGGACGCCAGUCUGUCACAGGGCCACAUAUA